AUGAAUGGAUCAUAUGAAGAUAUUAACAAUGAUAUAUUAAUUAAUAAUAAUAAUGGAAAUUUAAAUAAUGGUUAUCAAAAUGAAAAUAAUAGUCAUUACCAAUCAGUUAUAGGAGGUUAUACAAAUGUUCAUGAUAAUAAUAAUAAUAAUAAUAAUAUUUUCAACAAUAAUAACGACAAUAAUAACGACAGUAAUAAUAAUAAUAAUAAUAAUAAUAAUAAUAAUAAUAAUAAUAAUAAUAUUAAUAAUAGUAAUAAUAAUAAUUGUAAUAGUAGUAAUAAUAAUAAUUGUAAUAGUAGUAAUAAUAAUAAUUUAGAUAUUGAAAAUGAUUUUGGGAAUAGUACAAGUAAUAAUAGUAAUAAAGUUAUUAAUCGCAAUAAUAAUAAUAAUAAUAAAAAAUAUUAUAACAAUUAUAAUUUAGUCAACUAUGGUAAAACAAAUAAAGAUUUUUGGAAAACUAGAUUCAAUAUUGGCUUUGGUGCAAUAGUAUUUUUAGAGCUUUUAUUUUUCUUUUGCUAUUUCCCAUAUAUUAUAUAUUACUCUUCAAGGAUAUCCCAUGGUUUAACACCUUUUGUAGAUAUUAUAAUAUUGUUAUUAUUUCAUAUUAUAUUUUUAAUUACCCAAGUUUCUUUAAUCAAAACAACAUUCAGUGACCCAGGUGGUAUACCUCCAAACUUUCCAGAUUUUUUACUCGAGUCACAGGAUUUAGACUCAAUAUCAUUUUAUGAAUCAAAUAGUUUAGGAGAAAAUAGAAAAUGUUCAAAAUGUUUGUUUAAUAAACCAGAUAGAGCUCACCAUUGCUCAAAAUGUAAAAGAUGUAUACUAAAGAUGGAUCAUCAUUGCCCAUUCGUUAACAAUUGUGUCGGUUUUUUUAAUUAUAAAUUCUUUUUCCUAUUUUUAAUGUGGACCACCAUUUUAUGCUUUUAUGUUUUAAUGACGACAAUUUCCAACUUUAUUGGUUUAAUCGAAAAAGUAUUGGUUUAUAAUAGCGAUAAUUCAGUAAAUAUAGUUUUGGGCGUAGUUUUUGUAAUUGCAUUGGUAUUCGGUAUAGGUUUAGCAUUUUUUGCAAUGUCUCACUUCAUUUACAUUAUUAGAAAUGAAACCACCAUAGAACAUUUUGAAAAAAAUUCAAAACUUUCAAAUUCCAAAGCAAAUAUAUAUAACCUUGGUUCAAAAAAGAAUUUCAAACAAGUCUUUGGUAAUAAUCCAUGGAAGUGGUUUUUACCGAUCGAAAAUGAUUAUAGCCAACUAAGCGGUUUAGAAUUUAUGGUUCAAAACGAAAAAUCACCAUUAAUAUCACUUUCAUCCUCUUAA